AUGCUUACACACGAAUCCACCAUUUCGUACCGAUUCCCAUCGUCGUCUGGGAGUCCAUCCCCUCCCCCCAUCGUACCAUCGUCGCCCGAUCUGGCGCAUCAAAACCAACCCGGGCCCUCCGACCCCUACCUCGCCCUCCCACCGCCUGAAGACGAGAUCCCCGACCUCGACGAACUGCCCUCCGAACAACCACCCUCGCCUCCACCUCACACGCCUGCCCCUACCAUGUCAGGGCAUCACCGCAUCACCCUCGCCGCCAACCCCCCCUACUUCGAUGGCGACAAGUCCAAAUACCUGGGCUUUGUGGACGCGUGCACCACUUACAUCGGUGCCUAUCGAUCGGAGUUCUCACAAGAUGAGACCAAAAUCCUCUUUGUCCUCUCCUACCUCCGUAACGAGAACGGCACGAGCUGCGCUGCCUCGAGAUGGGCGAUGAACUGGAAGCAGCACAACUUCGAUGGCUUCCAGGGACUGAAGGCAGGAGUCACAUCAAAGAACUUCCUGGAGGAGUUUCAGAGGGCGUUCGGGGACUCCAAUGCGGAACAAGUCGCCGCUGCUCGGCUUAUGGCCCUGCGUCAAAACAAACGGUCCUUCGCGGACUACAUCUCCGACUUUGAGAUGUUGGCCGCGGAUGCAGGCUACAAUGUGGUUGACACCACCGACGACAAAGGCGAAUACAAGAAGGGGGACCAGGAUAAUAUCCUCAUCGAGUUCCUGGAGCGCGGACUCAGCAGCGAGAUCGCCAGCCGUCUCUACAACACCGGUGUCCCUCUGCCCAAGGCCUAUGGAGCGUUCAAAGCCUGGUGCAUCAACAUCGAAGCCAAUGCUCUGCGUGACCAGCUGCGCAAAGCGUCGUAUGGGCACCCCACACAACGACCACCUCCCCAGUUCCGUCCCCAAACGGCACCAGUGGCGCCCACACCCGCUCCGGCCCGACCCGCUGCCAACGAACCGGUUCCGAUGGAAAUCGAUCGUACCCACGCCCGCGGCCGCAAUAUCAUCUGCUACAACUGUCAGCAGCCCGGGCACAUUGCGCGGAACUGCCCGGAGCCCAAGAAGAAGCGCACGUUCUUCAAUCGGGCCACAAUGCUGGAAGAAAUCGAGAACGGGGACAAGGACAACGAGUUCCUGAAGGAGAUUGCCGAGAAGCUGCGCGAGAAGGGUUUUUGA